AUUUUACGCAAAUUUUGGCAUGUUCCCCUAUCAACGGAUUUUGUCCCAGACGGUAUAAAAGGACCGUUUUUCUCGGCGAGAUUUCAAUUCUUCUCAGAUCUCCGAGCCGUCAAGUCACUCUUUUCGUCAUCCUCCUCAAUUUUCCACUUUUUCAAUCCAAUUCACUCCGAACAUGUCUUGCGGACGACCAAACCAGGGAUCCUGCUGUCCCCCACCCUGCUGCCCACCGGCCUGUUGCCCGCCCGUCAUCAUCAAGACGCGCAGCCAGAAUCAGCAGGGUCAAUGCUGCAUCUUCCAACUGCCCCCGGUCAACAUUGUUUGUGAAAUCCCACCCCCACAAAACCAGAAGAAACCACCAAAGGUUUGCUGUGUCCCCAUCGUCGUGUGUGAGGACGACGAUCAAGGUCAAGGAGGUCAAGGCUGCUGCCCGUCCCCAUGCUGUCCACCACCCCCCUGCUGUAUGCCGAUCUCCUUCUCCUGCCCGUCCCCCAACAACGGUGGUGGUGGUUGUGGAGGUGGAAAUGGACGACGCUGUUAAGACGACUGACCACUCGACCCGGAUAACCCCUCAUCUCUACCUUACCUAUCGUCACUUAUCUACAUAUGUAAAUUCUAAAUAUUCUCCUUGUCUAAAAACCUUAUCUUAUUCUCGCUUUAAAAAAAUCUAUCAUGUAAAACUUGUACAUUUUUAUACGCAAAAUCAUCCUGAGUAAAAACAUUGCUCGAUAACUAACCAAUAA